UUUAUAAAACAGGUUAGAGAAGACUUCUCGAUAUUUUCUGUUUGAACGACAGUUUCAACAAUGAUGCUGAGAUCCGCAAUAUUCCUUCUGGUGGCCACUUCGUUCGGCCACGCAUUGUCAAGAGACUACAUAUCACCAGAAAAGAUAUCGAAUUGCUCCUGCCAGGAAAAUGGGAAAAAUGGUACCCGCCUCUACACGGCAGGGAUCGCAUGUACCAAACAAAGUGCGUACGAUAACGAGGACGGAGGAACAUGCCGGUACAUGAUGGAGCUAGGGUACGAGCAGAAUUUCCUAAUAAAGCCCUCGAAGGACCUGCACGACACCCUGAUAAAGCCGAAGAAGACGAAGGUUUGCCAGCCAGGAACUCGGUAUCUAGCCGGCUGCAACAGCUGCGAAUGUUCUUCAGAUGGCACCGAGGUGAUAUGUUCCCGCAAUCUGUGCCAUCCAGCAGCCUUAAUGAAAAAUGAAGCCUUCAAGUUAGCCCAAGAAACCGCGAAGAACUCACUCUACGAAGCGAAAAGCGACGUACCAAUUUGCGAGCCGAAUUCCGAGUUCGAGGUUGACUGCAAUGUCUGCAGAUGUUCGUCGAACGGCUUGAAGAUGACGUGCACCGACAAAAUGUGCCCCUCGGGAGGAAGAAGAGUCGCCAGGUCCCCGAAACCCUGGGAAGGAUGCACCCCUAACACGACAUUUGAAAAUGAAUGCAACAGUUGUCGAUGCACCGCUAAGGGUGAUUACAUUUGUCGAGAGAAAAAGUGCAAACAUAACCAGAGCAGUUGGGGAAGGACCACCAGGGACACUUCGAAGUCUGCAUCGAUCCGGGAUGAUUUCAUCUGCAUACCCAACAGUGUGUUGCAGAAGAACUGCCUCCACUGCAUGUGCUCCUCUUCUGGGGUCUCCUUUUCUUGCAUCAGCGGAAGCUGCGUCUACGGUCGCGAGUCAUUUAGCGGAGGAAAGUUAACCAGCUCGCAGAUUACGCCUUCCUCUGCCGUAACGAUGAGGAUUCUAUUUUCGAUUUUCCUGCUUCUUGCAGCAGUACACGCUAGGCCACAAGAGUCGCAAGUGAAGUCCGAGGAACAAUGGAACCUUGCCGAAUCCCCUAAAACUUGCAAUUGUCCAAACGAGCCAGGAAUUACCCAGAAAGUCUUGACUUGUACAAAAGAGGAUUUCCACGCCGGCAACAAUAGUCUCUGCGAAGCAGUUUCCCGAAGUUUUAGAUUUUUCGUGACGUCAGACCCAGUGCCAACAAUUGGAAAAACCGCCGAGGAGUCUUGCGUACCUGGAACAGUGUUCAAAGUGAAUUGCAACACUUGUCAGUGUCUAGACAACGGUAGAGACAUGGAGUGCAGCGCGAACACUUGUUCGGCAAGCGAAGGAGUCUUAAAAGUUAAGGAAAAGAACCGACCGAAGAAGUUCAUCAGAGUUAGAAGACAAGUGUCAUGUGCGCAUCUUCCAUCCCCUACAAGACCUGACUGCGAUGCUUGUUUCUGUACAGAGUACGGAGAUGUAAUUUGUCGUUGUAGAGAUGGUCAUUACGUAAGUUUGAUACGAUCAUCUAGAAGAGCAAGAUCUACCGAAAUCUGCACUCCAGGAUCAACCUUCAAGAAAGAUUGCAAUUCUUGCACCUGCUCCGAGGACGGCACCAGCAUGACGUGCACGGAAAAGGGAUGUCCCUUGUCUGAAACAUCAAGAAACAAAGAUCUGAGAAAGUUAACUCGCGUUCCUUUGUAUAGAACCACGCGCCAAGUACACGACUGCGAGCCUGGGUCUAUUUACAGAAUCGGAUGUAAUGACUGUACCUGUUCCGAGGACGGCAUGGAUUUGGUGUGUAAAAGAACGUCCUGUCUUCCCGAAAUGACUUUUAACCAGGAGAAUAUUUAUCCAUCCUUGGAAGAGCAAUUAAAGUCGUUGAUAAAGGUCGCUAAAAACCCCCCAGUUUGUCAUCCGGGGGCUCUACAUCAAGUUGGCUGCAACCUCUGCAUCUGCUCUGACGACGGCACUUAUGAAACCUGCACAAAGCAUUCUUGUUCAUCUGAUAAUGACUUAAGUGGGGAAGAAGUAGAUAUCAAUGAAUAUCCAUCUGUAAAGUCUAAAAGGAGUGCACUUGAUGCGGAAUUAUGCGUACCUGGUUCCACGUAUAAUGUGGACUGCAAUAAAUGUUCCUGCGGUGAAGAUGGACUGCGGAUAGAGUGUAUUUUAAUGGCCUGUCCGGAAGAAGUGCCUGUCGACCUGGACUUGGCGGAGGAGGUUCAUGUAAAUUCGACAGAUAGGAUGAAAAAGGAUGUUAUAGAGAACCAGAAUCAGUCAGGGAAAAAGCAGGAUACAUUGAUUUGUCUACCGGGGUCUGAUUUUAUAUUGGACUGUAAUACUUGCUUGUGCUCCAACGAUGGCACUCGAAUGAGCUGCACAUUGAUGGCUUGUCCUUCGCCGGAUCCUCCGAAAAUUAAUUCCACUAGGUUAAACAGUGAUAAUGCCACGAGUCUUAAUGGUAAUUCCACGAGUCUGAGAAAUGACAGUGAAUCGAGCACGAAGGUUAAUUUAACUAACCUUGAAAACAGUAAUAAUACUAAGUCUGAAGUUAAUUUCAGUAAUUUGGAGAAUCAUAAUGAAACAAAUAUAUCAGAGAGAGAUAUAAGGAAUGUUAAGAGCGACGACGAACUUCUAGGAACAUAUAGUAAAGCUUGCGAAGCAAAUACUAGUUUUAAGGUAGAUUGCAAUACCUGUUACUGUUCAGUGGAUGGUAAUGCCGUAGUUUGUACACAAAUAAUUUGUCCUUCCGAUGAUAAAAUAACUAAUGAGAUCGGUUCAACAAAUGACGCCGAUACAGAAUCACAUACGAUUAAGAAAAGAGACACGGAACUAUGCUCACCGAACACUGAAUUUAAGAUGGACUGCAAUUCUUGUAAAUGCUCAAGCGAUGGCACUCGUAUGAGUUGCACCGAAAUGCACUGUCCAACGGGACACCCAAUUCCAAAUCCUGAUGAAGUUUCUUAUCCUGGUGGUCACAUAUAUUGCUCUUCGCCUAUGACAUACGAAGAGGGUUGUAUAACGUGUAACUGCUUCGAUCAUGGCAGGAACUUUUUCUGCCAGGAACUGGUAUGUUCGAAAGCUGGUGAAACCGUCUAAGAAACACGACAACUAAACCAGAUUAAUAAACAAAUAUAAGAAUAAGUCGUUACCAUUUUUGCAUCGAUUGCAAUUAGAUAUAUCGACAAGAGAUGUAUCUUCUGUAACCAUAUUCCUUCCCGAAUUUUUGUGAUACAUAAUUGUUAUAUCAGUACAUAUACUACAGAAGUAAUAAACGUUAUAUUUUACACA